AGAAAACCCUAAAAUUUUCUCUAAAAGAAAGCAACCGUUCACUCUAUCUCUCUCAUUUCUUUGUAUGAUUCUCCUUCUGAAUGGCGUCAUCUUCCCGAUCUCACGGUCAGGGAAGAAAACCAUAUCGUUGGUCGGAGAAAGAGGCGUCGUCGUCUGCUGUUAAGCGCCGUCCAGGAAAAGAACUGGCUGAAACUCGAAACUGGCUGGAAGAUCUUCCGCGAGAUGUCACUAUAGCUAUGCUUCAAAAGGUUGGGACAAUUGACAUACUGGAGAAUAUCCAGAAAGUAUGCGUCUCUUGGCGUAAAAUCUGCAAAGAUCCUACGUUGUGGCGAUCCAUCGACAUGCGUAACACCGGUGAUUUCCAGGACAUGCCUUAUGAUCUUGUUGAAAUGACCAAGCACGCUAUAGAUCGAAGCUGUGGUCAAUUGCUUGAUAUUAACCUUGAGUAUUUCGGUAAUAACGAUCUACUCAAGUAUAUUACUGACAGUACAAAUCAGCUGAGACGUCUUCGAAUAGUACUGUGCUGGGCCAUUUCAGAUGAGGGAAUAAGUGAAGCUGCUAAAAAACUACCAUAUAUGGAAGAACUUCAUAUUUAUUUUGGGAACAUUACAAAUGUAGGUCUUGAAAAUGUUGGGCGCAGCUGCCCGAGUUUGAAAUCACUGACAUAUAAUCAACAAGGGGUUGUGUUGCCUCUAAUGGAUUCUGAUGAGGAUGAAGUUGAUCUCAAUGUUGACGCACUUGCUAUCUCAAGAACAAUGCCUCAGUUGCAUCACCUUAGCCUCUUUGGGAAUCAAAUGACGAACGAAGGCUUGGAAGCCAUUCUCGACGCUUGCCCUCAUCUAGAAUCACUUGAUCUUAGACAGUGCUUUGGGAUAAACUUAUCUGGUCCAUUGGGCAAAAGAUGUUCUUCAUCCAUUAAGGCACUCCGCCUUCCAGAUGACUCUACUUCUGAUUAUGAGUUCGACGCAACAGUUUACAAAGGAUGUGGCUAUAAUUCAUAUGAUGAUGAUUAUCUUCCUGGAUUUUCUGAUACAGACCUAGUAACCGAUGAUGAUGAAGACUACGCCUCUUUAGGAUAUGAUUCGUUUGAUGACAAUGAGAAUGUCUCCGAUGUAGACUUCUUAUGAAGGAAAAAUGAAAUAGGAUCAGGGUUUUUGGUUUAGCUCGACUAAUCCCUAGGGGAGGCUAGCAUAACAGCUUACCGCCAUUAUCAUUAAGUUACUAUGUCGAGUAAACGUUUGAAUAUGUACAUAAGAUGUGAUGUGAAAACUUUUGAACUUUUUUUGGUUUUUAAGUUUUCUCUU